AUGGCUGGCGGGUUAGGAAACCCCUUCAUUAACAAUACACCUUCGUCUUCUCCGAUCAAGGGUUCUGAGAGCAAAAGAAUAUCCAAAAGACCUGCCUCCAACCAAUCCUCAUCCUCAUUACUAUCAUCUCCGUCAAGAAGACCAAGAACUUCAGGUUCGAUAACAUAUUCGGACAGGUUCAUCCCAAAGAGAACAGAUAUGAACUUAAACAGCAUAACAUCAAUCGGGAGAACAAUCAGUCUACCACCGCUCGAGCCAUCGAAUACAGAAGACCAAGUUGAAUUAAAAAAAGAAAGACUGGCACAUGCGACCUUUGAUGCAGUUUUGAAGAAUGAAUUAUUCGGAGAAAUGCUACAACGUGACGCGAUGGAAACAGAAAGUAGCAUAGAACGAAUUCGAAAUACUAAGCCAUACCAUUCAGAAGGUAAUAGAAGUACCUUCGAAGAAGGCAGUCGAAAUAUAGGCCAUGGAAGUAGCGACUAUCUGUCAUCGAGCAGAAGUAGUGUGGACGGAGAUGCUUCCUCGAUAUCUACCCCGGUUACUCCAAAACGUCUUUUCACGUCACAAAGUGAUAGCAUAUACAGGCCAACCUCCAGUGUUGUGCGGGGAGCUAGUCUAUUAACUUAUAGAGAACGUUCAACGAGGCCAAAAUCAACAGCUUCUUUACUACAAUCCCAAUUUUUUGAUUCUGUAUCUCCAGUGCGUCCUGAUUCUAAACAAUUACUCUUAACACCAAGCAAGAAAUUUAGGCAGAUAGCGAAAGUUCCGUAUAGAGUUCUCGAUGCACCCUGCUUGGCUGAUGACUUCUAUUACGAUCUUAUUGAUUGGUCAUCAAGUGAUAUGCUGGCUGUCGGACUUGGUAAAUCUAUUUUCCUCACAGAUAACUCCUCCGGAGAAGUAAUACAUUUAUGUGACACUGAAAGUGAAUAUACGAGUUUAAGCUGGGUGGGAGCUGGCUCUCAUUUGGCUGUGGGGCAAGGUAACGGGAUAGUAGAGAUUUAUGAUGUAGUGAAGAGGAAAUGCAUACGGACACUGCCUGGGCAUGUCGAUAGAACAUCAUGCCUGUCAUGGAAUAAUCACAUAUUGAGUUCAGGGAGCAGAGACCAUACUAUACUUCACCGAGAUGUUAGAAUGGCAGAACCCUUCUUUGAGCGUAUAAAAACACAUUCACAAGAAGUAUGCGGAUUAAAAUGGAACGUUGAUGAGAAUAAAUUGGCAUCAGGAGGAAAUGAUAACAUGGUUUAUGUGUAUGAUGGGACAUCCUCGUCACCUGUAUUUAAGAUCACUGAACAUAAAGCAGCAGUUAAAGCGAUGGCGUGGUCACCUCAUAAAAGGGGUACAUUGGCCACUGGUGGUGGUACUGUGGAUAGGAAGUUGAAGAUUUGGAAUAUUAACACUUCCACGAAGACGAGCGAUAUUGAUACUGGAUCUCAAGUUUGUAACAUGGUAUGGUCUAAGAACACAGAUGAACUUGUCACUUCACAUGGAUAUUCUAAAUAUAAUCUUACUUUAUGGGAUGGACCAACUAUGGAUCCUAUUGUGAUUCUAAAGGGACAUAGUUUCAGAGUAUUACAUCUGACAUUAUCAGCUGAUGGUACAACUGUCGUUUCCGGGGCAGGAGAUGAAACAUUAAGAUACUGGAAAUUAUUUGAUAAACCGAGACCGAGACCAAAGUCGACUAGUCAAUAUGAUUCUAUAGUAUUUGAUGCAUUUAAGCAAAUUAGAUAA